AUGGAAACUGAAAAAAUGUCGUCCGGAUCCAGAAAAAAGAAGACUGGAGCAAAGCCUUCGGAAUCCGGGAGCAAAGUCAAACAGCAGAAAAAUGCUCAACUUCAACAGAAAAAGAAGGAGGCCGUGACAAAUACAAAGGUGAUCCGGCUCCUCGGCAACCGAAGUGUCUAUCAUGUGCCAGUUGAGGAUUUUGUUCGUGUUUCUCAACUUGUCAAACAACAACAAACGUCUGGAAAAUUGAUGGCCACUGUCGAUUUGCACCGUUUCUCCGAUCAAUCGAUAAUCGCUUUUGUGAAUUUCGUCCAAAAUCGAGAGAUCAAAUCUGCGUUGACCUACUAUGCAAUCACUGAGCUCGUCACAUUGGCUCAUACGUUUCAGAUGAAGGAGUUGAAAUUGUGUUUGGAGGAUUGUAUGAUAGAAGCGUCCAAGUCAUCUGAAGCGGAUCUCCUUCAAACUAUGAUCAUCUGUGACGUGGCACAUGUCAAUCCAGACACUGAACGUUUGCUCCAAAACCUGGCCAUCGAGACGAUUGAGAAGCUUGUGACACUUCCGGAUUUUUACAAAAUGCCAUUUCAUCAAUUGUUCCAAGUUUUAUCCAGUUGCGAUUUGACAAUCACCCAUGAGAUGUUUGUGGCUGAUGUUGUCCUAUUGUGGUUGAGUGGACAGAAUCAUGUCAACGCGUUUGCUCCUUCUCUGCUUUCUUGUAUCCGUACGAAAUUCCUGAGUCCAGUGGACCGUACCAUCAUCAUUGAGCGUCUAAACCAACUCAACAUGCUAAUAAGUUGGUCCGUUUGGCAACAAAAAUGCUCGACUCACCGAACAGCCAACGUGUCUGUUUGGAUCCGAAUCAUAUUAAGAAGAACUUGCCUAGGUUCGAAAUGCGGUGCAAAUGUGAAUCCGGCUCCAUUCAAUGCUCACUCAUCUCUUCCACUGAGCCGCCCGACUUUCAAUAUGAAAAUGAAAAAAUCAAAGGAGCCAAAAGCGAAACCAACGUUCGAUCCAUCCACCGCUCCACGUGUCAUUGACCUAAUAAAUUCGGAUCCCAAAGUAGUGAAAAUCGAGCAGUCUGUUGAGAAAAAAGAGAUGAAAAAGAAGCAGAAAGAAGCGAACAAAGCCAAAAAAUCAGAAAGUAAAAGGACAAGAAAGAGCAGAUGUGCUUGUAUUGAUUACGUGAAGAGUAAAAUGAGCAAGAAGAAAUACAAAAAAGGACCAGGAGGUCUCAAAGAUCCGAACGCUGUGAAAGUCAAGCCACCCGGGAAUAGUAUUAGUAGCAAAAAAUCCGACGUCAGCUCGAAAACCUCGAUGACCUCAAAAAUGUCGUCAUCCACAAAAACGAAUCCAAAUGCGAGUGGCCUCGAGAAGAGUCUGGAAAAGCGUCGAGCUCAUAAACGUGGCAAAAUUCAAGAAGCCAUCAAAACAUCGAAAUCGAAUACAAGUGUGGCAAACUCGUCGAAGAGCAAGAGUUCGACAGGCAAUAAAAGUUUGGCAUCGUCGAAUAAGAGCACCAGAAAGAUCAUCACUUUUUGA